AUGAGUAACGCUCAUCCACACCUUCUUUACUCCAUUUACAAUAAUAACCAUAUUAAAGAGGAUAUGAAUCGUUUGAAACUGUUGAAUAUUAGGCUUUGUAACCUAAAGCUCGCCAGAAAUGAGUAUGGAGAUCACAAUGGUAGAGUACUUUCAAUAAUCAACCACAACAUGUCGCCUACCAGAAAUAUACAUACGGAUAAUUUUUCACGUCACUUUACCCAACAGCUAGUCAAAUACGCAUACCCUGAUUAUUCAAGACUCGGAAGUAAUUAUUCAGUAUUAACAACUAGACCAUUUUCUUCAAGUAUUGGGACUACACAGAAGGAUGUUGAUAUUCUCAUAAAAGAGCUUGAAGACUCGGCCAUUAAUAAUAAGAAGCUUCACGAUCUUAUUAUUUCGUGGGCAAGUAGCAUGUCAAGAACACAAAAAGAAGAUCAGACAGUGGAUAUCUAUGAGUUUUUCCAAAAUUCGUCCAAAAUUUCGGAUUUUGUUAUUGAAUGCUUCAAAAAUCCACAAAUAGACGCAGUUACUUUGUCGAAUUUGUUACUUGAAAAUUUGACGAAGUUUAAUUUUUCUAUUGUUAACAAGGUAUUAAACCAUGUUUCCAUAAAUGAUCUAUCUGUACAUUCUAUGUCAGAAAUUUUGAAAUCAAACCCAGGAAGAGCCAAGCCAUCAUGGGAGUUUUUCCUCGAAUUUAUCGAACAUAAUGACAAAUUAAAAAUGACACUGAUUGAUAAUGAACUGAUCGAUGCUCAAAUGGUUGCAAAUCCUGUAUUUAAUGCCAUCAUUGAAAACUUGAUAAAUAGCGAUGAGAGCUCUAAGGUUGAAGAAGCUCUUAGUAUUCCAAUUGCUUCAAAGAUACUUUAUUUAUUCCGAAAUUUCAGAUUUCAGAUCACUGAAAAAGUCAAAGUGGACAAAGUGAUCUCUAUGUUCAGUGAAUCUCAUAUGCUAUCGUUAUUAUUGGUUUCAAUCACAGAUCAAAAGAAGUUAGCUAAGUUACAAAUCUCUAAGGACGAGAUUUUUGAAUAUUUACGCAAAGAAGUCAAGACGAGAGGCACGACUGAGGAUAAGAUUGAGGACUUGGUUUUUUCUUUGGCCUAUAUGGGCCAAGCUAUUGGGUUGGACCUCAAAUCUGAUGUGAGCUUCUCAAAUAAUUCCUUAGCCUUGUUCAAGAGAUUCAUAAAAGACAACAGUGAAGAUGGAACCAUUAAUACUAUCGGCACUUCUGCAAAAGUUAGUGAAUUAGAUAAGAAAAUUGAUGAAAUAAAUAAGAAAUUUGAUACUCUAUCUAGUAAUAGUCAUUCCAAGAAACUUGAGCUAUUUAACAAGGCACAAUACUCCAAAAGUGAAUUUCUUUUGGGCUUUUUGAAUCCUCUAAUUGAAAUCUUGAACUCAAAUAUUCAAAAUCAUAAGGAUAAAAAGAAUAUUGGAAAAGAAUUAGCUCAGCUCAAAUCAAAUAUUUUGUUGCUAGAAGCGGUUGAACUCUUUAAACCUGACGAUUCACUAGUGGAAUUGAAUUCGUCUAUUAUUUCUUAUCCAGAUCAUGCUGAUAAAUUGAAUUUAACAGGUUUGUUAAUUUCCGUAUAUCAUGCUCUCAAACAUGACCUGGAUUCUGCUGCUAAUAAAAAGUGGAACCAGUUAGCAUCAAUUUUUGUUCCCCAAGCAGUUAACUACCUACACAGUAAUAUUGCAGAUCUUGAAAAGACUCAACUGAAAUUGGCAAUUGAAGAGAUACAUAGCCUGUUGACAUGUUUGAGGCUUUUAAUUAUCUUGAACUCUGAGAUUAACUUCAGUAAUAGCGUUGAUUUUUUUAAUAAUAACAUAGAGGCAUUCAAAAGAUAUGAUCAAUUAACACAAAAGGGCACAGUCCCAAAUACUCUCUAUUUCUCAACAUGUUUCUACAUGAUUGAUUCAUUGAUCAAAAGUGCCCUCCUACGAAAUGAGCGUGAAUUGGCUUAUGUAAUCUACGAGAAAUCCAUGGAAAAUAAACUCAUACUUGAAGAGAGUGAGAGUGAAAAAAUGGAGUUGAAGAAAAAUUUUAAAAAGUUUGGUGAUGGGUUAGAUGAAGAUAAGAAUAUCCAACAUUUCAAGAACUAUGUGUUAAAUGAUAUCAGGUCAAUUAAAAUUUAUGAAUAA